AAACCACUCACUCCUACUCUUUCUCUCUCUAUAUCUAUAGCUUUCUCUCUCUAAAAGAAAAAGGGAAAGUUGAAAACGGCCCCUUUUUUCGUGGCUCUGCUGAAUCUUAAUCGGUUUUCGAGGCAACUUUUCAUCAUCUCUUCUUUCUCCAUUCGAUCACUCCAUAAAUACGUUGCUUCUUCACAUCCCAUUUCAACAGUAAUUAAAACAAAAUAUGGCUGAGGAAGGUGGUGGUGAUGCGGCGGAGGUGGUGCUUGUCAUUAGGGAAUACAACCAUAAAACCGACGGCGACAGAGUCGAACAAGUCGAGAGUAGCUGUGAAGUGGGUCCCAACGGCGAACUCUCGCUUUACACUGAUCUUUUGGGUGAUCCAAUUUGUAGAGUUCGAAACUCUCCUGCUUAUCUCAUGCUGGUGGCGGAGUUGGUGAGUUACGGCGGCGAUGGGGCGGAGGAGAGGAAGGAAAUAGUGGGGAUGAUUCGGGGGUGUAUAAAAACUGUGACUUGUGGUGAAAAAAUGUCCCGGAAUAAAUCCGGCGAACCUCCGAAGCAUGUCCCGGUGUUGACAAAGCUCGCUUACAUCUUGGGUCUCCGGGUGUCUCCUUCUCACCGGAGAAUGAGAAUCGGAUUAAAGCUAGUUUAUGGAAUGGAAGAAUGGUUCAGAGAAAACGGCGCCGAGUAUUCCUACAUCGCCACCGACGACGCCAACGAACCCUCCGUCGGUCUCUUCACCGGAAAAUGCGGCUACACAAAAUUCCGUAACCCCUCCGUCCUCGUCCACCCUGUAUUCGCCCACCGGCUCCCCGUCAGCAACCGUAUAUCCAUCAUCAAACUCACCCCAUCCGACGCUGAGUCACUCUACCGCCACCGAUUCUCCACCACCGAGUUUUUCCCGCGCGACAUUGACUCAGUACUAAACAACCACCUCAACCUCGGAACGUUCCUCGCGUUACCAAAAGGUUACAUUUGGGCCGGGUCGGAUCAUUUCUUUAAAAACCCACCUGAGAAUUGGGCUGUUAUGAGUGUGUGGAACUGUAAAGACGUUUUUAAACUUGAAGUGAAAGGCGCAUCGAAGCUAAGAAAAGGGUUUGCGAAAACGACUCGGGUCUUGGAUCGGAUCUUUCCAUUUUUGAGGCUUCCAUCUUUACCCAAGAUUUUUAGCCCAUUUGGGCUCCAUAUGUUAUAUGGGUUGGGUGGUUCGGGCCCAAUGUACACCCGUUUUGCAAAAGGGUUAUUCGGGUUUGCUCAUAACUUGGCUAUGGAGUGCAAGUGUGGUGUGGUGGCAACUGAGGUGUCAAGUGAGGACCCGCUCAAGUUAGCAAUCCCACAUUGGAAAGUGUUAUCGUUCACGGAUUUGUGGUGUAUCAAGAGGCUAGGGGAAGACUAUAGUGAUGGAUCAGUUGGUGAUUGGAGAAAAUCACAGCCUGGUUUAUCCAUUUUUGUUGAUCCUAGAGAGUUCUAACUUUUUAUAACAAUAUAGAU